GCCAGUAGUGGUGCUUAGUAGUAGCUGAGCCGUGCAGGAAGUCGGUUGUCCGGGAUUGGUCGUCUCCGGGCCGCGCUCCAUUCUGGUCCUUUUGGUGUCGGUAGCGCGCGCGAGAGCAACAGGAGCGGCUUGUGUGUACGGUGUGAAACCGUUGGUGUUGAACAGUGUUGGAUCACGAUGCCGCUUAUGUAAUUUCGUGCAGCAUGGAAGGAAGUUUGCGCUAGUGUGUGUACGUGUCUGUGUGUGGUUCUUUUCGAGAACGAGCGGCAGUGGUUGUGUAAUGGUUCGGCAGCGAACAUCGGGCGUGUUUGGUUCGGUAGCUCGGUAGAGACGAAGCGACAGUGUAGAUGUUUUGUGGUGUGGUGACUGCGACCCUAUCCUGUUGCCCAUAGUAACGCAUCCUUUCUCCGGGACGGCUAACGUCCCGACACCUACACACUCCGAUUGCUCUUAUCACGCUCUAUCUAAAUCGCUUCAGCUGCUUUGGAGCUGACAUAGGACACACACACACACUCGGAGUUACUUGAAGUAAGUGAAGGCACAGUAUUGCCUUGGAGGGUGUCGGUCGCGUGUGUGAUGUGCAACUAACCGUAACAAGGGGUUACCCCACCCCAGUGCAGUGCCGAACGAACGAGCGAACGUCGUAACCGAUCUUAUGAAACCGUUCGCCGGGGACGCGCGCCAUAGGAUGCCCUUGUCCGGUCACUGUAACGACGCUGCUACCACCACCCGUCUCCACCUUUCCGGGACCGUGUAUCAUGCUCACGGAGUCUAUCGUCGAGCGUGCGACGCCCCACGACAAGAGCCACCAGCAAGGACUGCGAAGAAGCAACCGAAUCGCAGCCGCCCCGACCGAACCACAACCGGCCAACGAAACCGGCAGCAAAGUGUACUCCUUCAGCACCGGUCCAACCGGCAGCAAACCGUCCUCAACUUCGAUCCUUCAGCGUGUCCGCCAGCAGCUCUCCAAGCGGGCGCGUAAGCUAACGCGCAACCGGUUCUGCUCGUCCCAGGACAACCUUGGCGCCUCCGAGUACCGCAAGGAUCGGCGCGUCCACGGACUGCAACUACCACUCCAUCCACUCCAGCUCGUCGGUUGGUUUGCUUUGGCCCUGUUCGGCUACUCCACGUUCGGUGUGCUGAUACCGGCCCUAGAACCAUCCCUCCAGCCUCCGCUCUACAUCGCCCUGACUGGCCUGUACCUGCUGCAUCUCGCGUCCCACCUAACCGCCCUGCUGCUCGAUCCGGCCGAUCCCGAGCUGCGACGUAUCGCGCCCGCCAGCAAGACGGUCGUGCCCGAGUUCGACCGGACCCGGCACACGCACGUGAUCGAGAACGGGCGGUGCCACCUGUGCAACAUCCGGACGACCAGCGCCCGCACCAAGCACUGCAGCGUGUGCAACAAGUGCGUCGGCACGUUCGAUCAUCACUGCAAAUGGUUGAACCAUUGCGUCGGUGGCCGGAACUAUGUCGCCUUUCUGAUGUGUGUGGUGAGUGCGGUCAUCGCGGCACUGGUCAUACUGGCCGCCGCCCUCGUCGAGAUCGUGCUGUACCAUGUGCAGCCGGUCGGGUGGCUUAAUCUCGCCUGGUUCGGGCUGGUGCAGGUGGCCGAUCUGCACACCACCACCACCACCACCACCCCCACUGCCCCGAUCGGAGCGGACGAUGGGGGGACGACGGGCGCUGUCGAGCUUGAGUUGACCACCGCCGCCGGUACGGCGGGCGAUGAUACGACCGGUGGGCUGCUGUUUGAGAACUUUACCACCUCCGCCCAGGACAUCCUGCUCAAUGGGACGGUCGGGGGCCUCUUUGGCGGUUCGGCAGUUGGGAACGGUACCGGCACGACCGUGGAGGCGGCAGCGAACACGACGACCCAACCGGUUGUCGCGGAAGGUAUCGGACUGCAUCACACGGUGUUUUUAGUGUUUGUGGCAUCGCUGGGAAUACUAGCGGCAAUUGCCGCUGGGCUACUCUUGCAUCUCUGCUUCUUUCACAUCUACAUCUCGUUUUUGGGUCUUACGACGUACGAAUACAUACGCAACAGUCGGCAAGCGGCGGCAGCGGCGGCUCAGCAGAACGGAGCAGGCGGCGGCACGACGCACCUGUCCAAUGGGCCACCGCAGCUCGGUGGAGCUGACGCCGCAAAGCACAACACCCUCUUCUCCAGCUGCACACACGCCGGAACGCGCAAGUUCCCCGAGGUGUACAUCUGCUCCUCGAUCAAUCAGAAGACUAACGCCACGAUCAACGCCUCACCGGCUGGCGUAUCGUACGUGGGGCGCGGCAGUGCUGCCAACACACAGACUCACGCAUCCGCCAUCAUUCUGCCCGGUCAGCUAAACGAUCUGAACCGGGUGCGACCUCGCACGCUGCACUGUUGCGAUAGUGGUAGUACGGAGUGUCGCAACAACAUCACCGCUGCUGGUGUGCGUACACUCACGGCGACCGCUAACGUUGCGUCGAGUUCGUCCAGCAGCACCACCACUACGACGUCCACGGGCGGUGGCGAAGAUGAGCGACGGCGCGAACAUCUCGAGCAGCAGCAGCACCACCACCAUCAGAAGGCUGCCUUCUAUCUUUGCUCGAUGCUGGAGGACGAUCCGCACGAAGAGCCGACGGAAGGGAAGAGUACCUCCGGCAACUGUCAGGGCACGCGAACGUUUCACUGCUGCUCGCAGUACAGCCGGCAGAUGGCGGCAGCUCACACGUCCUCUACGAUGACCACCAACAACAACAACAAUCACCAUCGGCAUCAUCACCAUGGGAACGAUUUUCUUGCCGCAGCAACGGCAGCGACACUGCUCGCUACCACCAUGACGACGCUUACGACCACUACGACGACAACGUCCGAGGAGGCGUACAUCCAGUACACGGAGCGGUGCUCUUGCUGCAGCUUUCAGAUGCAGAAACCGGCGGCAGGACAACCGGCGAAUGGGGACUCCACGACCCAUCAUCUCCAUCCGUACGAUGUGCAUCCCUGUCGGAGGGGAGCCGAAAAGCCGACCCUGGUCGAGGGUGGACGACGGCUGUGCUGUGCGAGCGAUAGGCUCGCCACGGUCAAGUCACACCAUCGGUGGAAGAGAAAAUGGAACUGCUGCUCGAGCGUCCCGGACAGCCCGGACGUGCCAGUAGACAUGCGAACCAUCUCCGGCACGGUGUCCGUUGCGGGCAGCCGCACGGUCAUGAGCGCUCAGUACGGGCUGGAGGAAGCGGAAGGGAGGAAUCGAAGCGUGACAGAGCAGCAGCCCGCAACAGUUGAGCGUCACAGCCACGACGCACCAGAACUGACGUGUAAUGAAAACUGUGCCAACAAUAACUGUAGUAGCGUUAGUGUUAGUAGCACCCGUGCGAUCGCGGUUCGCGCGAUCAAGGAGCGGGAUGAUGGUGCGGAUGGUGGGUGCGAUCGAAUCGAGCGGGAAACGUCGUCCGACUCGUCGGCGAUACAAAUUCUAAACUCCGAUGCCAACGGGAACGAGCUGGUGCAGGAGGCGGGUGUACCAUCGCCGGCCAGUGUGUCCCCCGUACCGAAACGGCCCCGGGCAAGACUCGUAAGGCCUUGGCCCGUCGUACGCCUACGACACAUGAUGCGUAUGAUCGAUCGCUACCGGAGACCACGCUGUCGGACGAAUCUGGCGAGCGGCGGUAGUAGCAGCAGCACGACGGUCGUUGCUGGUAGUUCCGGUGGCAGCUCCUCCUCUUCUGCGAGCUCCUGCGUGCAGCAUAACGCACUGGUCCGUCAAAACCAGAUACGUCCACUGUCGUCCAGUGAGUUCGCCAGUGCACUGCUCACAGUGCCCGGGUUCGGUGCGUCGGCAUUGGCAGCGGCGGCAGCAGCGGCAGCCGCUGCGUCCUCCACGUCCUCCAACACACCAUCGACAUCUUCGUCCGGACCGGGAUCUCCCUCUGUGCAGCUGCACUCACUGCUGCCCACGUCAACCAUACGCGGUGCGGGAGAUUCAUCUUCAUCUGGCGCAAUCACGAUGCCAGUGUUGCCGCCACCGGCACGCCGCCGGUUGAAGGGUGGCGGCGGUAUGAUCUGUGCGGAACAGUUGCCCGAACUGAUGGGUGACAUUGCGGUGCCGUCCUCCACGUCGGGAUCAUCCGUCCGCGGUCCGGUGCAUCCACCGAUGAGCUACCGGCGCAGUCGUCGCAAGAAUGUGAUUCGCAACCGCAGCCCGACCCUGUCGCCGAUACACGAGUCCGGCCUAUCGAAUCCGACCUCACCCCAGCCCUGUCGGCACGUGUAUCCGGCGGCUUCUAGCAGUAAUGGAACGCGUCCGCUAGUGGCCACCACUGGCUAUGUGGAUAACUCCCCGUGAAUGGGUUUAGCUAGCAAAUCCUCCGUUCUUUCUCGGUCGCUAGGCAACAUCUAAACCCUACAUCUUCAUCCGUUAGUGCUACGAACUCCAACGAAGUUAUCGGAACGAAUGUCUGAAGUGCAUCUCUGAGCAGAGAGCUAAACUUGCGAGUGUCGCUGUGUUGUUUUGGGUUGUUAUGUAGAUGGAAGCGUUAGAAUAGGCAGGAAUUGUAGGUAGUGUGACGAAUAGUAACCCCCGAGGCGACAUUGUCGCGGCGCUUGAAGACUUAGAUCCGACGUGUGAUCCAUUUUGAGGCUGACAGAUGCAACACAACUCAAGCAGAAGCAGUGUAGUACACAAUGAACCCGACUGUAUGUGCACCACCGCUGUAGAAGCAACGUUAACGUAAAGCCGUAUGCGAUACAACGAAAAUUUAGGAGAAAACGAAACGAAAAUCGCUGAAAUUCAUAAAUCAAAAGCUCUCGAGCGUCCCCUAGCGGGGUAUGUGUACGUGUGUGUAUUGUGUGAGUGUGCAUCAAUCCGGCCAGAUUUAGUUCUUGCAAAGUACUAGAAGAGAGCGAUGCUUCAAAUCGUUAGAGCCGUAGAAUAUAUAUCGAAUAUCGAGAUGCCACGGAUGCGUUAGUGUAGAUAAUCAAAAUUAUUUUUUAUACGAAAAACCAUGUCCAUAAGUGUUGGAGAGGAGAUGCGAAUUAAAAAAGUUGAGCGAAGGAUCAUGAGAUCCUCUUCGCGUGUGUCUUGUACGCAGAGACGGAUUGUUGCCGAAGCGCGCACUAAGCGUAUCAUAUUAAAGUCCAUCGUGUAUUGGAAAACGGAUAAAUUAUACAGGAGUGCGCUUUUUAACGUUGUUUGUUGGUUUCGGUGCAAAAAGAAAAAGCAGUUGGAGCAGAAAGGAUGAAGGAUCAUCAAUAGCCGGGGGGCGCGCGCUAACCUGGCCAUCUUUAGAUACGUAUGCAGUAAUGUAAAAGAGAUAAGGAUCCUCGUGUUAUGUCUCUGUCUGUGUAUGUUUGCUUCUUCUGACUGCUAAAUAAUUCAAGCCCACGUAUAGGCCAGCCCCAAUACCGUACUCCAGCAACUCGGAUUUUCCCGAUUCCCAUUUGGUUUUUCCUUCUCCUCGUGUAACCCCACAAAAGGUGUAGACCGUGAACCUGACAGGAGAAGGAGUCUGUGUUUUCUCAUGAUUCGAAUUUCAUGUACAUCCAUCAAUGUGUGUGUGUGUGUGUGCGUGUGCAUCUCUGUGAGUGUUUUUGUCGAGUGUGAUACUGUGUAAAGAAGCAAUGAAGGGGGCAAAGAGAAGAGAAGAGCAGGAAGAAGGGCUUAUACGCUUUUUCUGUACGCGUGUGUCUGUGUGUGUGUUUGUGUACGCAGCGCAGAUUUAUCAAAAACUCUUAAUGCCAAUAAAUAAACAAAACAGGAGUAACGCGAGAAAGCGAACGAAUGAACGAAUGGAAGCGAAUCGCGAAUAAUUUAAUGCAAAAACCCCUAUACCCAAAAGCAAAUAGACUACUUACAAGCUAACCCACUUACAGACACACAUACACUUCUCACAAUUCAUGCAAUAUAAACCAAUAUCCGAUGUGAGCGCAGUUUGAGAGCAGAUACAAAAAAAACGGGCAAAGCUAAUAACCAAUGUUUGAUAAAUCCUGGUGUAAAGCAAAUCAUCAGAGGAAAAAAUCCUGAAACUAAUCUCGAAAGCAGAUGUUGAGUGAGUGAGCUAGCCUUGUAAAGAAGAGAGAGAGAGAAAGACGUGUGUAUGGUAAUGCAACGAAAUGAUAGUGGAAAUCGGUGUGCAGAUUAUUCGUAGGAAAAAAUGGAAAAAAAGUCGAAGCGUUUGAAAAAGGAAAAACGCAUUACCGUAAAAUGCACUCAAUUCCCGUCAACGUUUGGCAGAAGUCCGAUGCAAUGAUGAGCUAGUUUUUAUGUUGCUCUUCAAAGCGACUCAUCAAAAAA